AUGGCCACAGAGAAGUGGACAGCAGCAUCACGGCCUGUGACCCUACCCCUCCAGCUGGGGAAGCACCUGUGUCUCUGCCCCCCAAUCUGCAGUAGUGGCACCUGUGAACCUGACAAGCCCAGCGGUAGCAGAGACACCCUCGUCUUCACCCAUUUCCGCCUGUGCGGUCAGAGGCCGCAACCCCAGUCGAGGUGGAAGCGCCAGCCAUCCCUGUGUUCCAGCAAGAGCUGCAGCAUCAGCAGCAGGAAGGCACUGGAGACCCAGGAGGCACAGCGCCAGCAACAGGGGCCCUGGGCAAUACCUCUGGCAGAGGUGGUAGAUGAUACAAAGUGCUGA